UCCACUUCCGCGCAGCGUAAAUUCUUAUGAGGGAAGGCAAACUCAGCAGCCAGCCACAACAACAGCGCUGCGAAGGGGCUGAACGGCCUUAUUUCUUCAGAGGGAUUAAGCUAUCGUCAUUUUUGAAAGCAUUCGGUUAACAAGCAUUGCCUAUCAGAAUGAAUGUUGGUGUGGCCCACAGCGAAGUGAACCCCAACACUCGGGUGAUGAACAGUAGGGGUAUCUGGCUGACCUACGCGCUGGGUGUUGGGAUGUUGCACAUUGUUCUCUUGAGUAUUCCAUUCUUCAGUGUCCCGGUUGUCUGGACCCUAACGAACGUUAUUCAUAAUUUGGGCAUGUAUGUAUUCUUGCAUGCGGUGAAAGGGACCCCAUUUGAGACUCCUGACCAAGGAAAGGCCAGACUCCUCACACACUGGGAGCAGCUGGACUAUGGUGUGCAAUUCACAUCUUCCAGAAAGUUCUUCACAAUUUCGCCAAUAAUUCUGUAUUUUCUUGCAAGCUUCUACACAAAGUAUGACACAACACACUUUGUAAUCAACACUGCUUCUCUUCUGAGUGUGCUUAUCCCCAAAUUACCACAGCUUCACGGAGUUCGAAUCUUUGGCAUCAACAAAUAUUAAACCAGGAGCAGACAAAGGGUCCAAUCUUGUGGCCAGUGCUCUGUCUCUUGCUUUGUACAUGGUGAGAUGAAUUGGUAACCUGCUGUACUCUGUACCCCAGUAGUGUGUACUAAGCAGUUUUGUACAUUGUGUAAUUGUAAGUUUCAUUGUUUGAAUACACCUGGAGUAACCAUCAGGACAUUGAGGAAAUCUUCUGUGCAUUACUAACUUAAGUAUUUAAUGUGUAUUUUUUUGUUGUUGAAGAACCAGGCAGGCCCAGGUCUUGAACUUGAAGGUUAUUUUUUGUUUGUCUUUUUGUCUUUUUCUUUUUUCACUUUUAAAUUUGACGUUUGCCAUCUGAACCCAGACUGGUAAAAUUACCAGGAGUUCAUGCAUUGGUGUCAUACCGGGUGUUUAACAAAAAUCCAGAAAAAUGUAAAAUGUUUCUGUUGAUCAUUUGUUCAUUUCCUUGAUCCUAUUAUUCAGUUAAGUGACACAUUUAUCAUUGUUUUAAUGGGUGUAAACCUAACUCAUUGGUAGUGAAGACCAUGUAGAAAACAAAGUACUCUGCAUGGUUUCCUUGGUGAACAGAAUCGCAUUAAGUGACUUACUACUAAAUAGCGUAAAGAGUUUUGUUAGUGUAUAUAGUUUUGCGUAAACUGUCUUGAAUCUGAAACAAACAUUAAAUGUUUUUGAUUAACAA